CAACCGGGUAAUAAUACACGUAAUCAUUGCGUACCUGUUUUCCGACAAUUAUAAUUAUAGUACUCUAGGAUCGGCGACCAGGCCCAGCAAGAGCAAGAGUUGGGGUGAAUCAGCCAACAUACAAAGUCUGACAUCUCUCUUCAUAUAAAAGACGGGAGCCUUCUGGACAAGACAAGCCAGCAGAAGCAUUCCUGAGUGCAAGUGCCACCACUCUUUUGACAAUUGAGCCCGAUUUAUUAAUACUAUUUGCCUUUCCUGCGUUUCUUGCAUUUUCCUAUCCAAGGUUGUUGCUAUGCCACUCAAUAUUGUCAUCAUUGGCGCUGGGUUCGCCGGCGUCUUCAGCGCUCUUUCAGCCAGACGGCUCAUCUCCUUGCACCUCAACAAAGAUCCAGCAGCAGCCGAUAUCCAAGUCCUUCUCAUUGCGCCUGAGCCACAGCUAGUCCUGCGGCCGAGGCUUUACGAAUCAAACCCAGCAAACCUCGUUUUCCCACUCACCGACCUCUUCAGCGCGACGGGGAUUCGCUUCAUCCAAGGCACAGUCGACGCUAUCCGUGUCGAGGAGAAACAUGUCCUGGUUGCCAGCCCCUCUGGCUCUACAUCAAUACAGCCUUAUGAUCGUUUGAUAUUCGCGGCUGGGAGCUGCUUGAUCCGAGCUCCCAUCCCCGGCCUGGACGAUCAUGCCUUUAAUGUUGACACAUUGAGUUCCGCGGUCAGGUUGGAAAACCACCUGCAAAGUCUCAAAUCAAAACCCCCGAACAAGGCUCGAAAUACCGUCAUUGUAUGCGGCGCAGGCUUUACGGGCAUCGAACUUGCAACAGAGAUGACAGGGCGGCUUCGGUCCAUCUUAGGCAAGGAUGCCGAUGCCAAAGUCUUGCUUGUCUCGCGGGGGGAAGAGGUUGGCGAUACCCUCGGACCGGGACCCCGCCACGUCAUUUCCCGAGCUCUUCGCCAGUUGGGAGUAGAGACGAAACUUGGGACAACAGUCACCGCCAUCGACGCUCUUGGCGUCACGACCGAAGCAGGGGAGCGUAUUGAAGCCAUGACCGUCGUCUGGACGGCCGGUGUAGCAGCCACAGAGCUCUCAAAACAGAUUCCGGGAGACAAGGACGCACUGGGCCGCCUACGCGUCGACCAAGAUCUUCGCCUGCCGUCCAACAAGGACAUCUUCGUCGCAGGCGACUCAGCUUGUGCCCCGACGGGUGACCACAGCCACGACGCCCUCAUGUCAUGUCAACACGCCAUACCAAUGGGCCGAGCAGCGGGCUAUAAUGCUGCAGCAGAUCUUCUCAAUCUGCCAACCGCGCCAUACUACCAGCCAACAUAUGUCACAUGUCUCGAUCUCGGCCCGUAUGGAGCGGUUCUCACGCAAGGCUGGGAGCGCAAGGUGGUGUUUUCUGGGGCAAUAGCCAAGAAGAUCAAAACGUACAUCAACGGAACUUUGAUAUACCCUCCACACACAACUAAUCCGACCAAGGCGCUUGCUGCUGGAGAUCCGGCGCUUCAAUCGGCUACCGCGCAGCAGCUUCAGGGCAAAGCUUUAUCACUUGUCAGUUUCUUUACCUCCAAGCUCCUGUAGCAGGGUAUGAUACGUGUUUGUAGUGUUUGCCUUUAAAGAGUUGCGUUUCAUAAUAUCUACCUUAUCUACUAUAACUAAUUUGCGCCUUUCGCUCCUAUAUGUUAGUAUAGGCGCAGCUUUUUAAAAGACCAGCUGUUUGUUAUAUUAAGCCUUUUUUUUUU